AUGCCCGAGUCCACGGAUGAGGAGGACACCUCGGAUGCCGAGGUCAACCUUCCGGGUGAUGACGAGGCGGCAACGGGCACGGAUUCUCCGCCGGUCUAUCAAGAGGCUGGAGACGAGGACGCGCCAUUGACGCUGCGUGAAGCGAGGCCCACACCGGGGUUGUUGGUGGACCCGCCCCUCGCGGGCGCAGAGCGGAGGUCACCCACGCCAGCGGCUAGAGGAAGGUCGCCCACGCCGGCGGCGGGCGGAAGAUCGUCUACGCCCGUGACAGAGCGGAGGUUGCCCCUGCCGGCGGUAGGUGAGGGGGUCCCCGCGCCCGCGAUGUCGACGAGCGGCGACGGGUCCGCUGCGAGCGCGGAGACGCCUGCACAGAUGGCCUCGAGGCUCCAGGCCGAUCCGAGGACGACACCCUCGAAUCAGUCGUCGAGGGGCGUCAGUGUGCCGCGGGCCCGAAGGAGUGGCACGGGCAAACGCAGUAUGAGCGCCCGGUCCGGCUCCGGGGCCGUUGCCAAGGAUGCAGCCCCGCUCGCGCCGGCCAAAGCCCUCAAGACCGGGGCGCGCGUCACGCCGCACAUGGCGCCGCAGCCCCCGCCCAUCGUAGAUAUUGUGGCGGAGGCCGCGAAGCUGCGGGAGGCGAUGACUCGAGGGGCCCAAGUGGCCCAACAGGCUCGAGCGCCGGGGAAUGGGGGCGAUGCCAGCCAGGGUGGCAUUGAAGCAGCCUCUCAGGCUGACGCCGUGGGGGAGGCCGGCCGGGGCGACGCAGAUGACGCCACCCGGCCAGACGUCGAAGUCGAGGCUGGUCGGAGCGACGCGGAUAGCGCCGCUCGGCUGGUCGCAGAGGAAGGAGCUGGUCGCAAUAAGCUUCUGCGGACCGUCUAG